AUGGCCAAAGUUCACAAGAACAAAGAAUUGCCAAAAAUCAAGCUUUUCGGGAAGACAAUAUUGCAAGGGGCACAAGUGCUGAAGAAUGAAGAGGAUGUGAACAAAGAAAAAGAUCAACUUAUAGACAAGAAGCCGGAUAAAAUUAUCCCGUGCCCUAGAUGCAAAAGCAUGGAGACUAAGUUUUGUUACUUCAACAAUUAUAAUGUUAACCAGCCACGCCACUUUUGUAGGGGCUGCCAGAGGUAUUGGACAGCUGGUGGGGCACUUAGGAAUGUGCCUGUGGGAGCUGGUCGCCGGAAAAACAAGCCGCCGUGCGGGGUGCUUGAUGGAUUUUCUGAGUGCAGUAUGUUUAAUUUUAACUGGACCGUGGAGGAGUGGCACAGGGCAGCGGUGGCCGGUGCAAAUGAGGAUCCUGGAAGUAUUAUUCCUGCGAAAAGGCGGAGAAGCAUCUUAGGUGGUGAGAGUUGUUGA